AUGUUAUCACAAACGCGUACUAGUCACCCUCGCUACAUCCCAACAGAUUCAUCCAUCCAUGACAGCCCUCGCCCGACUGAUCCUGCUCCUCUAGCAUCUCGAUUCUUCCUUUCAUCACCAACAAUGAUGAAGAAUCCAGACAAGGACAAAAUACCGAUGGAAAACCCCAUCCCUCCUCUCCCUAAAGAGCGACUAUCCCUCCCCCACCGCCUCAACUGUUUCCUCCAACUCUGGCUGCUCAAAUCCCUUGCUGCCCUCUACUUCCUCUACCUCCGCCUCUUCAACCCCCUCAACCAGCGCUACACCUGCCGCUCAACCCUAGAAACCCGCAUCUUCUACCCACGCUCUUAUAACUCUGCCCAGCGCCAACUGCUCCCACUCUACCUCAACAUCCACGGCGGUGGUUUCGCACUUUGCGAUGCCACCGUCGACGAUUCCUUCUGCAGCGCCUGGGCCAACCGCACAGGAAUGUUAGUGAUCAGCCUCAACUACCGCAAGGCACCGCUCCACUCCUUCCCAACAGCCAGCUUUGACAUUGCCGAAGUAGCCAAGUGCGUGCUAGCAGAUGACUCCCUCCCAAUUGACCACUCGCGCAUCGCCAUUGGCGGAUUCAGCGCAGGCGGCAACCUCGCGAUGUCUGUCUCGCAAUUCCCCGGUCUAAAAGGCCUGAUCAAAGCAGCGGUGAUAUACUACCCCAUCGUGGAUUUUGGUCACCCGCCCAAUGAGAAACUGGAUUCGAGACCGUACAAAGGUGGUCCGGAUGAUACGCUGGAAAAGACCUCCUGGUGGCUGGACUGGGGGUAUGUGAGUGUAGGCCAGAAUCGGAGGGACCCAUUGCUCAGUCCGGUGUAUGCGGGGAGUGAUGAGCUACCACCGUGGAUUUAUAUGAUUGGCGCCCAGUGGGAUAUGCUCCGGUUAGAAGCGCAGCAGAUGAUUCAUGGGUUGGCUGGGUUAGAGGAUAGAAUUGGGGUUGAGCAGGAGGAGGACUUUGAGGUGGGGACGAAGGGUGGUAUUGGUAGGAAGAAGAGGGAGGAGGUUGCGCAGGGGAUUUAUGAGGAGGCGCAUGAAUGGUUGAAAAAGUCUCAGGUUCUUUCUUAG